AUGAGCAGCGGAGGUGGCGGAGGCUUCUACAAGUACCGUUGCAAGUACUUUUAUACUCACAAUUGCCCUAAUUGGGUGUACGUGAAUAAUUCGGCCUGCUCCUCCUGCUGUGCAGAAGGACGAGAUAUGGAAAUUCCUCCAGGCCCCUCACGAAACUCCUCUCGCGACAUUUUCGUUCCACGUGCCGCCGAUGGCGAGCUGUACUAUACGCUGAUGGAGAUGGUGAACAUGGACGAGGCGAGCAGUGACUGGACGCUGAGGUACAAGGCGAAUCAAGACCCGGUAUCGACAGUCGUCACGAGUGCCACACCCGGGCCCCCGGUCUUGUCAAGGAGCAUGUGA